UUAUAAGUUGUAACACUAUAUGUUACAGGACUAUGGCAUCGAAGUUUGAAUCCUCCAUUCAGAGGGGCUGUGAUUUCAUCCAUGAUUUCGCCUGUUCCGCUUGUGAAGAAGAUGGAUUGAACACGGAAGCUCAAUAUUUCUGUAAUCACUGCACGAAAUAUUACUGCGAUAAUUGUGUUACAAAACAUAAUGGCUUAUACAAGAGACACACGGUACUCGACCGGAAGGACGUGAAGAAAUGGGCAGCAGCACCAGGGACGGUGGACGUCCUUGAGAGAUGCGAGAGGCACCCCGGGGAGGCGCUCAAGCUGAUCUGUGGUGACCAUGACCAGCUGUGUUGCCAUGUGUGCGUUUCAAUUGAUCAUAGACAUUGUUCAUCAAUACAGCACAUUCCAGACAUUGCAAAAGGCAUCCGCAAAGAUCCCGAGUUUCGUCAACUACCUCAACGGGUAACUGUUCUUAGGAAGCAGAUAGAAGAUAUGAAAAACGACAGAAAGAAAGAUAGUGCCUCACUGAGGAAGACUCGUACAGCCAUUGUUGAUGAAAUCAAAGCCAUCCGGGAAAAGAUCAACGACAUUCUUGACAAGAUGGAGAAAACAACCGUUCAAGAAUUAGAUGGUCUGAUGGCUGAUCAGGAACUGUCCAUUAAGAAAGAUAUGGAAUCCUGCACACAUGUGGACGACGAAUUAAAGAGCAUUAUGGAUGACAUACAAAGCAAAGACUCAUCAAGCGAACCACCCCUAUACAUUGGGUUCAAAAAAUGUGAAGAAAAAAUCAAACAAGCGAACGAAAUACUGCAAAACAUGUCAAAUGUUUUUAAAUACAAUAUAACUUUUCGUAAACCUAAUGGAAUAGAAGAUAAUUGGUCCUCGAUGAAGAGUUUUGGGGAGUUAUAUGAAUCGAAUGAUUUUUGUACAACCACUGAUAUCGCUAUUCCCCCGAGAUCAUGUAUUCGCUACCGAAGGCUACAAGAAGUACAACGUGAAGAUGAGUUCAGACAAAAGCAAAUGCUAUAUUGUAGGGAUGUGUGAGCUGCCUGGUGGUGAUGUUGUAAUUUCAGACUUCAACAACAAUGAAGUGAAACUUCUGGACCAGGAGUACAGGGUUGUCGACCACUGUGAUGUCCCCGAGAAUCCAUAUAACGUGUGCCACAUUGGCGGAAAUGAGGUUGCCGUUUGUGUUAACAAAUACGAUGAUAGACAUGAACUUCAUUUCAUUAACAUUACCAAUGGGAAACUUGUGACUACGCGAAAAUUAAGCUUCAUCCAUAGAUGUUUCAGCGCAGCUCAUCACGGGAACAACCUUUACAUUUCAUCAGGCACCGCGCUGUACGUCUAUACGAUGACGGGGCAGCUGGUGAAGACGCUGUACGAGGACAGGUCCGGUAGGAACACAGUGAGGAGAAUUGUCAUCAGUGAAGACGGGAAGACUAUUUACAUCACAAACAACUCAAACAAACAACUUAUCACCCUGGACAACCUCGGCAACAAGCUGACUUCAUUCACUGAUCCUGACUUGGAGAGACCUUACGGAGUACACGCGACAACUGCCGGACAUGUGUUCGUCUGCUGCAUUGACUCCAACACAGUGCUGCAGGUUGACAAGGACGGGAAGACGAAGUUGGCCACACUUGCAAGGAAUCAAGACGGGGUUAACAGACCUACCGCUUUAUACUUCAGCAGCCGUACUUCCUCUCUGGUUGUCGCCGGAUAUAAAGACACACUCCUCGUCAUCAAUGUACGAUAAAUAAAAACAAUAGAUCCACUUACAAGUGACAGAAAAGACAGUUAGUAUAACUUUUUUUUUUCUUUUACCUUUUCGUGUAAGUAUUAACACGGAUAAGAAUUGUUCAAUAUAAUACAAGAAUCGUAUUUGCUUAAACAUACAUCUACAUUUAUAUGUUACGUAUUACGCUUUAUUUUGGCUUCAAAGUUAUAAAGUUUAUCGUGCGCAUGUUAUUCAACUAUAUCACUGUUGAUUUUUAAAUGUUAUUCACAUAUGUUAUAUAUCUGGUAUGAGUGUGUAUACGGAUGAAUUAUUCUCUCUUUAAUGUGGAAAUAA